AUGUCCAAAGCCAAAAUCUUCACGAAACUCGAUCUACGCGCUGCCUUCAAUGCUAUUCGAAUGCAUCCCGAUUCAGAGGAACUCACUGCGUUCCAAACUUGCUUUGGACAAUUCAAAUCGCUAGUUUUGCCUUUCGGAUUGUCAGGAGGACCCGGGACUUAUCAACGGUUCAUCAAUAAUCUUUUGAUGGAGAACCUGGGAAACUUCUGUACCGCGUACCUGGAUGAUAUCAUUAUCUACUCUACAGAUCCAUCAGAACAUACUGCCCAAGUCAGAUGGUCAAAGGAGUACGAGGUUUCCUAG